AAGAAAAAUUUACCCUUAAAAAAAAAAAAAACCCCAUUCAAAACGACCCCAAACCCAGAUCCCACCCAUACCAACAUCUCCCCCCCAAACCCACCUCAUCACUCUCUGCCGUUGCCGCUGCCACGUCAUCCUCAUCCUCUUCUUAUCCAACCCCCAAACCCUAAUUGCACCCUUCUCUACAAGAACUCGUUGUCGGCCACCCUUGACCUCCUUAUCCUUAUUCUCGUCCUCUUCUCCGGGACCUUCCUCAUCACCUUUUACUUUUCCUACAUCUUCAACUCCAUCUCGCUCAUCUCUCACUCCACCCUCCACCUCCACCACAUUCCCGUCCCCUACAUCGUCGCCGUCUUCGCCGCCACGCUGUUCGUAGUCGAGUUCUGCUGCGUCAGCGAGGGCAAUCUUGAUUACGAGUGCCUCAGGAUUGAGCUUAGGCGGAUGGGGUUGAUGAAUGGCCAUGUUGUACUGCUAUUUCAGUUGCGAUACAGACGGGCCUGGUGGCCAAGCUCGAAGGCUUAG